AUGAAUUUGAUCUGUUUGCUGUUCAUUUAUGGUCAUGCAGAUGUGUUGGAGAAAGCUUACCUGGGAAAUGUCCACAACUGUGUGUAUUUUUCUGUGAGGGUGUUGGAGAAUCAGUUUGAGUUGGUGUCACACCUGGACAAAUGCACGCUACGGCUUCUGUCUGAGAAUGAGAGAGUUGGGACUUUCUCCUCAUCGCUGAAAGAUCGUCUGGCACAAGCUCAGGACAACUGCACAGCUAAAGUGCUCCCCAGUCCACCUUUGUUCAUUCAUUCAGUCCCGUUCCAGCCCGCCACAGACAACCGCUCCAAUUUUAGCAGUGAUAGGGCCUUCCAUACCUUUAAAAAGCAAAGGGAUGUGUUUUACGGUUUUCUCAGAGAAUGGGAGGACUCUCAUAAAGAACCUGGCUGGGAUUUUGAGGCUGCAUUAGGCAGUUAGAUCCCUAUCUUCCCUGAAGAUCUCUUCUUUAGCACAGAUGUAAAGGAAGAAAUUAAGGAACUGGAGAAUAUUACAAGCUCUCAGGGGCUGGACACCCUCCCAUUAGUGGACCAACAGCUUCUCUACACUUGCUGUCCAUAUUUAGGCGAGUUUCGUAAACUUCUUGCUGCUUUCGUGGCUGGUAGUACAUCCAAGAGCGGAGGCUUAAUUCGCAAGAUCACCCCCACGUCUGCAGAACUGAGGGGACCUUCCACCACCCGUUCACAGCAGAAACUUCAGGUUGACCUGGAACAUGCCUUCUUUCACAACCAGCCCCCAUCUCUCAGACGGACUGUAGAGUUUGUUGCUGAGAGAGUCGGUUCCAACUGCGUCAAACACAUCAAGUCAGUCUCUCACCAUUUAGUCAGUUUUAUGGCUUUUUCUUUGUCCUCUGUCACAUCCUCUCAUGAUAGGUUCUGCAGUGAAAAUGCCCCUGGAGCUGUGAGAGUACUUCUUCCUCUGGAGACCUCUCCCUCUGUCCUGACCACUGCUGAGAGCAUCACCACUCGUUUGGCUACAGAAAAGGCUUGCAGCUGGCUCUCCGCCAACAUCACAACACUGCUGAAGAGGGAGUGGAAGAGUGCUUUUGAGAGGGUGAUGAAGAGUGUGCCCUCAUCCGUCAGUGCGAGUGAGUCAGAUCACAAACCAUGUUGUCUCAUGUUUCAGGAGGUUUUAAGUGUUGCUGUAGGACCCAGAUCUGAUGAGGAGGUUUACACUGUUCAUCAGAUUGAGUCUCUGCUGGACAGAGUGGGACAAACACUUGGAUGCAGAAAACUCCUUUCCCCGGUGGUUGAGCAGAUGUUGUUGCGUUGUACUGUUCAGCUUGCCUGCAAACUUGUAUCCGGGGAGCUGCCACUUGUCUCCUCAGCCGAGGGUAACAAGAGACCUGCUCUUCUGGAAAAGUUUCUAGUUCUGUGGUCUCAGACUCCCUCUCCACCUCUGCACCUUCUCCUCAGUGAACCCACUUUGACUGGCGUUUUUAGUGCCACAGAUAGUGAGAGGACUGACUACCUGUUCCUGAUAAGACAGCUAAUAGAGAGGGGUCUUUUACGAGAGGAGGAAGUGGGCACUAACUGGCCAAAGUUGUCAGCGUUAUCUUGGCCAGAGGAGUCUGUAGAGAAGUUUCAGCAGCUCUCUCUGGCCACCCAGUUCCCAUUGCCUUCACUGCCAAACCACAGGGACAUACUGCAGGUCUCUCAGUGACCACUAGGGGGACACAUGAGUCUACUUUACCAACUGCACACAUGAAUCCCAGCCAAACACUAUUGUAUUAACAGACAACAAGUGAUGCAUAUUUGAACAAAAGAAUGUUUAAACCUGCAAUAUAUAUGAUUUUAAAAAUAUUUUAAAGUCUGAUUUAUUGUUAGUUGCAAGGAGAGUAUUUGCUGCUUAAAAAUGCUGAGUUAAAACACAUUUUGUGGGGAAAUUUUAGCAGGGCUUUGCCAGUUUUCACUCGUACUGCCUCACAGUAGAAAAAGAUAAAGACCAUUCACUGUGCUUUCUUGUCAGUUAUGAAAUCCUAUUUAUUUGUUUAAGUGUAUCUAAAUGUCUUUCUGCCUGUUUGGUUGGUGAGUGUUUGUAUGCAUUUCUUAGUCUAUAUUUGCGGAAAAUUUGCACUUCGUUAAUGUUGGACAAUGUUUUCAUCUGUUUAAUGCUAAACCUAUCUAUCUAAUGUAAUAAAAAUAUAGUUUUGUGAAUAAUGUGUAAGUGUCUUUCAUGUGUUAGAUUUAUAGCUCAGCUGGACUCCAUUUGUAAGGCUGCACUUUUGACAAAUUUCAUGGGAACUGACCAUUUUAAAAUGGAAAUAAAAAAAGAGAAAUCGGGGAAAUU